AUGGGUUGCGGAUCGUCCUUGUCAGCAGAGUUUCAAGAGAAAUACACAGCUUCAAUUCAACUCUCCGCAGCUCAAAAAAAAAUCGUGCGAGAAACAUGGGAGUUUGUGGAACAACGUAGGAGUUAUGUAGGGAAGAGGAUGUUUUUGAAGUAAGUGUAUUUGUACCAGAUAACAAGAGUUACUUAAGGGCACACGGAAAGUCUCAUUUCUUUGCUCUCAAAACACCACAUACGACUUGUAUGCAUACCAUCUACAACCGUUUUCGCCUGUCAUCCACGGUUAAACCGCACCGGAAAAUGCUGAUAAAAAUGAGGACUUUCGAGAACUCACCAGUGUAUAGGGGCACCCAACGACGGUUUCCUCCUAAAUGUAUUGAAAACACGUUUUAGGCUAUCCAGAGUAGAUCUCUAGAAAUGUAUUCAAGUGGCGCUAAAAACAGUCACUUGGUGCUCCUGAGUGUAAAGCUGCUCAUUUUCCUCAAGAAAAAAUCGGAAAAGUAUCCCCUUUUUCGAAGAGAAAAGAACCUUGUCCAUGGGUUUGAUGAAUAUAUUUGAUACCCUUUUAUAUUCGCAGAUUCUUUGAAAACAAUCCCGAAUACAAGCGCCUGUUUCCAGAAUUUAAAGAACUCUCGCUAUCUGACAUAGAGAAAACCAAAGAAUUACAUGGGCAUGCAAAGCGCGUAAUGAAAGCUUUGGAAAAUGCAGUGUCGGCGAUGGAUGACGCCGAGAUUUUUGCCGCGUAUUUGAAUGAACUUGGCCGGAGACAUAAAGAUCGACCAAUGAAACCACUACACCUAGAUGUAAGUGAGUCUAAGUGAAGUUAGCUGGUUGUUUCGCAUGUAUCCAGGUUCGCCUACUACAAAUUCAUCAGGAACUUUAAAUUAAUGUUGGACGCGUGGGCAAAUCGACUGUCAGCAAGGCCGAUGCUAUAUCUGUCGGUGAAUUUCUCAGCAUGUUACUUGAGAGUAAAAUCUUUUCGAAAAAACACAACACGUAAAAAACUCGAGGGAGGCAUGCCAUUAACCCCUUCCUUGUACCACGCGGGUGGGGGAGGAGAGGAGUUUGCGUGUGCGUCCGAUGCUGUGAAAACUCUUUCUAGGUUUAAUAGUUAACAUGGUUUAUAAUUACCCACCCAUCAAAACUAACCAGACUGAAACGUUUGAUUUGCAAACCGAGGUGUCCCCCAAACGUUUGACGUAGGUUUGAUGGGUAAACCACGCACCAUUUCGAAACACAAAUAAAAGUAUACCUGUGUUUUCGUUUCCAGUCAGUAAAGACCGCUUUGAUGUUUACUCUUCAAGAACUCUUCAAAUCCAGCUGGACCGAGGAAACAGCAGAGGCCUGGAACAAGCUCUUCAUGUUUAUCAAGGAUCAAAUGGUACGUGGCUUGCAGUCACGAGCAUGAACUCCAAACACGACUUCCGAGCAUAAACUCCAAACAAGCAUAAACUCCGCAUGAACUCCAAACAACACUUCCGGCAUAUAUUUUCAGAUCUAAGGGACCGG